UCAAUUAUCGCCAUUUAAUAAUUAAUAUAAUGUAAAUAAAUCAAUAAAAUUGAAAAAUAAGUUGAAAAUUCUGCCUCUUCUCGCUGUUCUCAUCGUUUGAACAUUUCGCCUUACCUCACUUCAUUGACGAUUGCAAGUUUCAAUUUUUUCUUCUUUAUUCAUACGCUACGUACAAUAUUCAGGCGAGCCUCCCAUUCCAUUCUUCGCUGUUCCGCUGUUCCGCUGUUCCAAUCUGUAGUCUCCUUUUCCUGACCCAAAUAUCUGUAUACGCCGUAGUAGUAUGCAGUUGCUACAAACUGCUAUAUCUUUGGCAGUAGACGAUGGCUUUGUAUUGGAGCCAACAGACUAUACACCCGAAUACCAGAAUGGUAUGCCGAAAAGAGUUGGUUUACGGAAACGGAAACGCCGUCCCCAAACGGGAACAUCUGCAGUAAGAUCAACGGCAUUGGCUAAUAACCAAUAUUGGCGUGGCCAUAUAGACGAUGAUGAUUUGCGUGAACCAAAUAAUAAUGUUAAAGAUGGAGAACAACAAUCGAAAGAGUACAGGCGGCCGGAAAAAAAUUCAGAAACAGAAAAUGUUAAGCUCUUAGACGCUUUUAAAAGGGAGCAAAAACCUAACGAUAGCAAUGAAAAAUUGCGUGAAAAUCAGCAGAAUUUGGCCAGCACUGCGUCACCAGUGAAUUUAAAAAAUUUAUUAAAAAAUACCGGAGGCUUAAGUCUUAGCGAGAUAUUACAACAACAAAAUCUAUCGUUAGAUGAUCUGCUUAAAGGCAAACAAAACGCCAUAUUGGCAUUGCAGACGACUAGUUUGCCGCAAAUUAAACAAAAGCCGAAUAUCAAUCAAAUAUUAACAAAACCGAAGAUUGUAGCAGAGAAUCGUGAGGACGCUGAACAGAAAACGAAAGUAUUGGCUAUGCAACGUCUGAAAUUAUUUGGCACUGCUUCCAGACCAUUAAACGAUAUAAAUGCUCGGAAAAAAGAAUAUUUAAAUGCGAUCGGAACCACGGUAAUGAUGACAGCCAGUAACGGUUCCGACUUAACAAAGCCAACAACCGUCAUAAGCAGUACUACCCGCGUGCCAAUUUAUAAAAAAAUUUUACAUCAGCGAUCAACUUUAAAGCCCACCUUUUUGCUAACCAAUGCGACACUUGCUCCAGUUAACACUUUUACGGAUUAUGUGGAUCGCAAGCCAGAGAAAAAUUUAACCAACGAGAGCGAAGAAGAAAUGGACUUUAUCGUUGAAGAUGAACAGGAAGACGAAAUUGAGACAGGAGCACACGACGAAAAUUUGGACACAGAAAACAUCUCUUUAGUGGAGGACUUAAAAGAUAUCAGCAAACAAAAUGUGGACAUGACGACGACAAGUAGCAGCAAUGCUGCUAUUACUGUGAAACCGAUUCAAAAUAAAUUAACAAUCAACUCAAGACGUUCUGGUUAUACAACAACCGGGCAAUUAACAAGAACUACAAGGCGGCUUAAUUAUGCAUCAUCGAGCAAUUCGCCAACAACUACAAGCACUAAAAUGACACCUACAACAUCGCCUAUCACCAGCACCGCAACUAAUAUUAUGCUAACAACGACAACAACCGCCAGCAGCAGCACCAUGAAUUUAACACCCAAAGCCCACACGAUGUUCAAUAGCGAGCAGCUGAAAGAACGCAUUCAAGAGAGUCUUCUUAAGAAUCUCAUCGAUAAAAAUGAUAAACAAACAGAUCAGCAUCGCGCUACAUAUAACAAUAACGGCGAUGACGAUUUGGAGAACUUCUUCGAUGAAGCGGUCAAAAUAAAGGCUCGAAAGCCCGUAGAGACUUCUACCUUGAUCACUAAAAUGAGACAAUACUCAACAAGUACCGCUUCGUCUAAUAGUAAAAAAUCUCAGUAUAACGAAUUUCUUCCCGAUUAUGAUAAUGUAGAUGAUCGUACCGAUCUGUUGGAAUUGAUAGAAGAUCGUCGUUCAGGUAAUCGUUUGUUCAAGGUGCUUGAGCAACGUAAUAUGACUUUAGAAGAAUUGAUCGAGCAUCGGAAACGGGGCUCUAGUCAAUUGCACUUGGCUACCAUAGUGGAAAAUCCAGCCGGCUUGUUUCCAGAUAAACGUGUCGUCCUACAAGACAAUAUGGAUAUUGUAACGGCUUUCGAAAACUUUCCCCAUUUCAAUUUAUUGAAUCUGAAGAGCGUUAAACCGGAUGAUAUAAAAACCGAUUCUCAAGGAUCAAGUUACUUCACCUCGAUCAUUGACAUUGAACCAACGGAUGAAAUUUAUAAAAGCGGUGGAGAAGGAGCAAAAACUGAGACAAGAGUUUCCCACAUCAAUAUUCUUAAUAAAAAUAGCAAAUCUCUUAGUUUCUUUCCCGCUUGGAAAACAUUGGCCCUAGCUUCGUUGGCCACAAGGAUUACAAAUAAUGCACAAGCGAUUACCCCCAGCCUAAGCAAUACGUUCUAUUUACCGCAAUCUAAAUUGCUUUUUGAAAACCAUUCUACCGCUGACGAAGAGGAUAUGGAAUUAAAUGAAAAUAAAUUAUUUAUGUUAAGCAAUGAUACUAUGGACGCUGAUGAUUCUAACGAGGUGGCCUAUAAUAGUGGAGCGAUAAAGCCCAUGCAAGCAGCUAUCCGUUUAAAUGACAACACGAUACAGACCAUGGAGAACGAAGUGUUGCGAGCGCAUGAUUUAGUAGACUUAGAAUUAUCUGGACACGGAUUUAAGCGUAGCUCAACGGCACCAGUGGCUGUAUCAGUGACUGGACAAAAACACCAAAACAGUUUCUACACGAAUAUAUCGGCCGGUAUUAAAUCAGCCAUUGUCGCAAGCACUACCAUAGUUCUAACAGCUUUGAUAACGUUUAUGCUAAUAUUUGUCGUUUGUCGUUGGAAGCAGCGCGGGCUAAAGCAUCACGCAAGCCGAAAUAGCAAUAAUAGCAGUUUAAUAAAAACUUAUAAUGUUAUGAAAAGCAAAUUACCGGCUUUGAUCACUGGCACGACAACAACAACAACGACCACAUUGACAACAGCCGGUCAGAAUAGCAGUUCAACGACAAGAUGUACAGCCCGACAAAAUGAUAAUAAUCCAGUAGCAGUGAUAGCUACCAUUACCACAACAAGCAAUAGCGCGGUAAACAAUGGCAAGAAUAGCAAUUCGCAACAGUUACAGCGACAAAGUUCGUUAUUAUUUCAACGAAACGCCAAUAACAGUAAAAACUAUCAUCAGCAACAUCAGCCGCAGAACAAAACAACGAAACUCUCACGUUUAAGUGGGCAUAAACAGACGAACCUUAGAAACAAUGAGAAAUCAUCCUCGUCCUCGUUGUUAAGCAUUGGCGGUGGCUGUGGCGCUAGCACGGCCGCGGUUGGUGGCGGUUUAUUAGGUGUUAGCUGCAGUAAUUUAGGCUCCACCACCUCUUUGGCCUUUUCUUUAACUAGCAACUCAUCAACUAAGUUAAAUGCCAUGGAUACAAAUUCACCAGAAGUGCAAGAAUAUCUUUUCGAUACCUUAAGAAAUUCAUUUUAAAAUGAAUUUUGUUUUUAAAUUACUUUUAACAUAACUUGAACUUGAGAUUUAAG